AAUACAUUAUUUAUAAUUAAUGGUUACCUAAGUAACCACAGUGUUUCGGUUGAAAGCAUCUUUUAAGUUCAUCAAGAAUAGAAUCAAAUACAUUGGGGCAAUGCAAAACAAAUCAGCUGUGGUCUGGCCAGUCUUAUCAAUAUACAUAAAUGUAGUUAUUUUUGGAUAGGAAAGCUUUUAAGAGUAAAAUAGUAAACAAUUGAACUUUUUUAUCAGCUGGCAGCUGGCUCAUCGAUCUAAUGAAAGUUGAGUAUGUUAGUUGGAUUAUUGCUGAUUAUAACAUUUCUUUGCCUAGUUGAUUACUGGGCAAAGAAAUCUAGAAAUGAGAUGAUGAAAAACAUACCAACUGUGAGGAACUUGCCUAUUAUUGGAGCAGUUUCAGAGCUAGCUUCUUUCAAUGCAGAAAAUCUUGCUUGGAAGUUUAAAUCUUUUCGUGAAAAAUAUGGGAAAGCUUAUAAGUCUUGGGUUGCCCACGUCCUCGUUCUUAAUACUUCAGAUCCAAAGCAUGUUGAGGCGAUUCUAAAUAGCUCCAAGCAUAUUAGCAAAAACAGCUUGUAUUUAAUGCUAAGGGAGUGGCUGGGUCAAGGUUUGCUUCUUAGCGAUGGAUCAAAAUGGCAACAUAGACGGAAGAUUAUAACUCCGACGUUUCAUUUCAAAAUUUUGGAAGAAUUCGUCGACGUAUUUGAUCAACAGAGCUCAGUUUUGGUUGAAAAAUUAAAGCCUAAAUCUGAUGGAUCAACUGUUAUUGACAUAUAUCCACUAGUUUGUUUAAUGGCAUUGGAUAUCAUUGCAGAAACAGCUAUGGGAACACAAAUCCAAGCUCAAAAAGAUGAAAAUUCGAGAUAUGUAAAAGCAGUUAACGAUGUCACUGACAUCCUAGCAUUGAGAUUUAUGAAACCCCAUCUUGCACUAAAAAAAAUAUUUAAAUUAUUCAAACCAAAACUCUUUAACAAACAAUUGGAAGGUGUUCUCUAUAUGCAUCUUUUUACAAAUCGAAUAAUCGAGGAUCGGCGUAAAGCUUUAAAUAUAUCGAAAAGUCAACAAAAUACUAUCAAUGUGGAUAAUCAAGGUAUAAAGAAAAGGAUGGCUUUACUAGACGUACUCCUUCAAUCUACUACUUCAAAUGGAGAGCCCUUGAGCGACGAUGAUAUUCGAGAAGAAGUAGACACAUUUAUGUUCGAAGGACAUGAUACUACAACUUCAGCUAUUUCCUUUACAUUAAGAGCAAUUGCAUGUCAUCCAGAAGUUCAGGAAAAGCUUUUCAAAGAAAUCAGAGAAUUGUUUGGAGAUGAUUUGGAUGAGCCGAUAAGGUAUCGGAAUAUUCAUGAAUUGAAAUACAUGAGCUGUGUUAUAAAGGAAUCAUUAAGGUUGUUUCCUCCUAUUCCAGCUAUCGGAAGGUUUAUUAGAGAAGAUUUCGAAUUGUAUAAUUGUACCAUUCCGGCGGGUACAAAUGUUAUCCUUAUUCUUUGGGAAAUCUUAAGGGAUCCUGAUAUUUAUGAAGAUCCUAUGGCAUUUAGACCAGAGCGUCAUCUAGAAGUCAACCCAAAAUCGAAUAGUUUUAGUUAUAUUCCAUUUAGUGCUGGCCCGAGAAAUUGUAUUGGACAAAAAUUUGCAUUGCUGGAAAUGAAAUGUGUACUUACUAAGAUAUUGAGGCAUUUUGAACUGCUUCCACUAGGUGAAGAUGUUCAUCCAUCUAUUAAGAUAGUAUUAAGAUCUAAAACAGGAGUGAACUUGGGUUUAAGGUCAAGAGUGUACUAAAAUGUGACGUUGUUAAUUUUUUGUUUAAUAUAUUUUUUUUUUUUUCAUAUGUUCAUGCAAGGUGGUAAGUUGGAAUAAAUGAAUGAAAAACUAUUUUGUGUU